AUUGCAGCGUUAGCUUCACAUCGCGGUUAUAUUCGCAGCUUCUCCAUCCACGCUACCUCAGUGCCAGACAUCCUGCCCGUCGGUCAGGAAUGUGCAGGUUUUGGAGAAACCUCCUUUGACACCCCUUUUACACCUCCAACCGUAAACAGAUGGAGGUCAGUCCCGUUUAUAUGCAGAGUGAUGACAGUGAACAGGACAGGCCCGCUUAUCCCCGGGUUUUCCCAACAGGCGAAGCCCGGAAGAGCGACCACCUUAAGGCGGGACUCUGCGUGGACUUCCCGGUGUCGGUGGUUCUUCCGGCCGGCGGCACCGGAGAGAGAACCGGACUGCAAACACCAAAACAGUUCUGUCCGUUUCUGGGUAGACCGCUCAUAAGCUACACUGUAGAGUCCUUUGAGAGGGUGUCGUGGAUCCAAACCAUUGUGGUUGUUGUUGCGAAGGAAAACAUUGGCUUGAUGAUGGACAUCAUCCAACGGUUCCAGCACCAGAAGGUCCUAGUGGCACCCGGCGGCUCAACUCGUCACAGGUCCAUCUGCAAUGGAGUCGCAGCUCUGGGGGAGCAGCGGAGGCCGGCGGCCCACAAACCCAAGGUGGUCAUCAUACACGACGCUGUCCGCCCGUUUGUGGACGAGGACUUCCUGCACAAGAUAGCGAUGGCUGCCAAGGAGCAAGGAGCAGCUGGAGCUAUCAGACCACUUGUUUCCACUGUGAUCGCCACAACGUCGGAGGGAUACCUGGACCAUUCGCUAGAGCGAGCCAAGUACAGGGCCAGCGAAAUGCCUCAGGGGUUCACAUAUGAUGUAAUCUGUGAGGCCUACCAGAAGUGCAGCGAGUCAGACUUCGAGUUCGGUACCGAGUGUCUCCAUCUUGCUCUACAGUACUGCGGCACCAAUGCCAAACUCAUCGAUGGUCCGCCAACCUUGUGGAAGGUGACCUAUAAAUGGGAUUUGGCUGCUGCAGAGUCCAUCAUCAAAGAGACUUUGUCACAGUCAGCUUGCCUUAUAACCGGGGGAUUGGAAGCUGCUGUGGCUCUGGCCAAUGUUCUCCAAAAAGCUUUUGGAGCUCUGAAUAUGGAGCUGAACGUCACGCCAGAUCUGAUGGGAGACAACGCCAGGCAUCUGCUGGAAAACUGGAACUUCAUUAAGGUUUCUGUCGAUCCAUUUUGCCCUUCAGAAGUGGAGGCCAUAAUUGAGGCGUUAGAGGCAGAAAACCGAGCUCUUCUCAACCCAGCAGUGAUCAUCUGGAUGCAUUUGAGUGUCACAGAGGAGCCAUCUACCAUCAGGAGAGCGACGGAGUCUGCUGCUCUGACAGACCUGGCCUCAGCUGCUAGGCCCCGAAAUAUUCUUCUCUAUGGCAUCCGGCUUCAUCAGCCCGAGGACUCAGAGCAGUGCGACAGGUCGGCUUCACGAGUCGCUGACAUCGCAUCGGCCUUGAUUCGGGACAGGAACCCUGCCUUUGUGGGGCAACUCCUGCAGGCGUGAAGAGAAGUGACAUCAACAAAACAAUCAUCGCUCAGGAAGACUGAAACUGGAUUAUUUAUGCUGUCUGUUAGAGUCUCUAAUCCUGCAGCAGUCUUAAAAGAAGUUGUAUUUCUAAUGUGCAUAUUGAAAGAAAUCUUGACUUUUACAGCAAACUGUGAUAAACUGAGUCCUACAUUUCCCACAAUGCUUCUCUGAGCUGUUGUUAAGAUGCUUUCUCUGUUGCGUAAUUCUGAACUGAUGUAUUGCAGUUUUUACUGAAAUGUGAUUUCAUGCAGUUGGAUCUGCUGUUGGGGUUCCAAAGAGAAAAUAACAUUUAAAAAAUAUCUUAUUUACAGUAAUUCUGAAAUAUUUCCUUAUUUUUCUUAAUCAGCAGAUUUUAAAAAAUUUAUCAGAACUUCAUCCUCUACUUCCUUAGAAAUCAAAGUGUGAAAGUUGUGCAGUUAUGUCUCUUCUGCUAAAGCUAAAGGCAUAUUUGGCUUCACAGAGAUCCUUAAUGACCUCACAACGCAAUUAAUGACUGAGUUUUGAAAUCCCUGUUUGUUACGUUUUCUUCUUUCUGUUAUUUUAAUUGUUGUCGUUUUGUUGGUCCUCAAUUUUUACAAACUUAUUAAGAUAUUCAUGAGCUUUUGCUGAAUCCGAGGAAACGUCUUGAUCUGUGUGAAUGUGAACCAGGGACUUCAAUAUUAAAAAUACAUAAAUGUAAGAACUACUAGAUUUGAAACAUAGUGCUGCAUUUCAGUUUUUAUAUACAGAAAUGUUAUGUUAUAGCUCACACAUAAUCAUUGAGAAGAUUCUGGUAUUAAUAGCUAUUUUUAAUUGUAUAACCAGCAAAAAUCAAGCUCUAAAAUAACAUCAUGUGAUGCACCUCAAAGAUUUGAAACAUACUUCUGUAAUAAUUUUAACCUUUAGUAUUGUUUAAAAAAACGUGAGCCAGGAGCAAAUCAAACACGAACAUGAUUUUAUUUUUAUUGUGACUCUUUUUGAGAUAAAAUAAGGCAUUAGUUUGCUCCUUCAUACAGAGUUUAAUAUUUUCAGCAGCUGAUUUGGGUGCUGGCACCGACUGCAGCAGAAUGGUGUGCAUGGAGUCAGAGUUGAAAUCAACUGCAGUGUGUUCAUUGUGAUGAAGGCGCUUGUUAUCACUCGAUACAGCGACGCGGCUCUGAUGUGUUUUUAAUGCGUUCUGGAGAGAAACAGAACCGUUUGGUACUGACAAAUGGCAAAUAUGUCGAGCUCUGGCAGAGAAGUCAUUGUUUUAUUCUUCUAUUUUUUGGAUCUACUUGAAGCCUGAUUGUUCAUUCACAGGGAAAAUAAUCAUGGAUGCAAGAUGGGGGGAUUUGAUCUAGUUUAUGUAAGAAGCUCCAUUGGAUAAAGCUGGACUGCCACACAGCAUAAAAUGAGACGUAUUAAUGUAAUUCUUCAGAUUUCAGAUUUUAUUUUCUAUGCGUUUCUGAGACUCGUUUUGCCUCUUGUUGAUUCAGUUCUCCUACGAACCAGCAAGCAGCACAAUUAAUUACUGACAGUUUUUAAAUUUUGACUUUAGGUGCUUAUUUUAUGGUGUCCAAACCUUUUGUGACAUGGGUAAUGUGAGAAGAUAAUAAAAAUUACAAGAAUAAAGCCGUAUGAGAAUAAAGUCAUAAUAUUACCGGUAUAAAAUGGCAAUAUUAUGACUUUAUUCUGGUAUUAUUAUGACUUUAUUCUGGUAUUAUUAUGACUUUAUUCUUGCACAAGUAUAUGCCAGGUUAAGAGGGAAACCAAUAAAACACAAGAGAACUGGACCUCACUUGCUUCCUUCUGCAAAAAGGAGCAACAAAACGUUAAAAGCAGCUCUGAAGAAAAACAAAUAUUGUAAAAAAUGUUUUUGUUUUUCAUUCGGGAGUCAGUCAGGGAGAUUGACACUAUCUACUUUAAAGCUGGGGUUUAAGUCUUUCCUCCUUGAUAAAGCUUGACGUUAGGGGCGGCUGGUGUGAGUCAUGCCUUUAGAAAAGCUGCUAUAGGCGUAGCUGCUGCAGGGCCGGAUGCACUGAGCGCCUUUUCAUCACGUCUCCCUUUUAUUCCUGGUGUUAAUGCAUGCCAUUAUUGCUGCUUUGUGUUUCUUCUUUCUCUCGGCAGGUAUUUUUUGCCAGCAGCGUCUGUUUUUGCCUCAGUCUCCUUCCUGUGCUCUCCACCCCCAGCCGGUCACGGCAGACCCAAAACUGAGCCUUGUUCUGCUGGAGGUUUCGUUAAUGUGUGUAAAAAUUCAUAUUUUACAUGUUUUUGUAUUUCUAUUUGGUUCUCUACUGCUUCUAAAAACAAGGGGAAAAAAAGCACACAAAAAAAAUCACCCAGCUCUUUUUUUGGAAAUGUUAAUUGUAUUUUUUUUUUUUUUUUUGUUUUGUGUUUUUUUGGCAUUUGGAAAAUGAACCAUUUCAAAAACCUUCAUACAUUUGCCAGUUGCCUAGCAACUCCAGUGGCUUUCCGCUUGUCACCUAGCAACCUAAGCUGAGCUCCUGUACAUUUGGUCAGCUGGUUUUUCUGCUUAAUGCACUGUAAGAUGACUGCUGGAAAAGAAAUGUGUUUAAUCAGUGAGUAACCAUCCAGAAACCAUCUGCUGCAUUCUUGUUGGUUGUGCAGGAGGCCCUACUUCUGCUUUUCAAAGAUGUACUGUUGUAUAAUUGCAAAUAUUUUCUCACAUUUUUGUGUGUAAACGUCAAGCUGGGAGGGGAGAGGCCAGCAACAGCUUAUUUGGAUUUAAAGUGACAAAAGGCUCUACAACGACUCAUUCUCAAUGGUUUUGUGUGCUAACCUGUUCAGUAAAAUAUAAUAGUUGUCUGAAAAGAAGAAGCAAUAUUCACAUAGGAGACUUUGGCCUUGUUUACAUAACAAUGAUCCAACAAAAAUUUAGUUUUUAUUUUGUUUCUGUUAACACAUUUAUAUGAAGACAUUCUAAUUACAAUCUUUGUUUACACAGUAACGGUGCACAUCGAAAAGGUGUAAUGUUCUCGCCACGCCACUAGUCGGUGCUAGGUUCUUUGAAGCUAAAUGCGCAUGUGCUUAAAAAAAAAAAAAAAAAAAGUUCUUGAAAGCUCGUCGAUUCGCGUUUCCCCAUCAAGUACCGUUCCCCCAGAUACUGGGGGAAAAUACGCACUACGUGCGUCUGAUUAGGGCGCAGUAUGUAAAAAAAAAAAAGUGGGAUAACUUUGCUGAAACACGUUGUUUGAGCUUCCACGGUGUCCGUAGUUCUCUAGAUAAGAGCGCUUAAAAAGAGAGUGUUUGUUAUGAGCGCUGAACAAGCACAGGUGUAUUUGCCACCUGGGCGGUGCGGAGUGGUGAAAAGACGCUGAGGGAACCGUAUCUGAUGGGGAAACACGAAUUAUAGAAAUGCCGGUAGUUGUUUCUUCUUCUUCUGUGGAUUGUAGGAAGCAGCUAUGUUUUGCGUCAUACUAUGCAUGAGCUAGGGACUCCCUGACAGACAAGAUCCAUUUACUCUGUUUACAAGACACCGGACACCGGUACGUUUCAGAACCAUUGCACUCUGGAACCCGUUUUCAAUCUGUGCUGUUGUCAGAGAAAACAUUCGGUGGCUUCAUGUAAAUGUACACUACAAACACAACAAAACUAGAAAGUGUCGCGUUAACAGGGCUUGGCGUCCAUGAGGACCUAGAAGGUUUCGUGGAUUUUGCUACAUUUCAGCUCGUCUCAAUUUAGUUUUCUUCUAAAUCCGAUUGAAACCCAAUGAGCAUAAACCAACAUCUCACAUGUUUACAGUAAUCACCCUAAAUAUUAAAACCAGCUGCCAGUUAGCAUGUAGGUCCCCAAAUCCGCAGCCAAAACACCUGUGAGGCAUCGAGCCCUGGACUCCAGCAGACCUCCAUCAGACUAGAGUUUUAUCAGCAAAUCCUGUAACUUCUGCAAUGGGGCCUUCAUGGCUCUGUCCUGUUUUUCCAACACAUACCAGAGGCGCUUGAUCAGACGGGGAUCUGGAGACCAAAGGCCAAAGAAACUCUUUGAAUGCUCCGUUAUUUUCCUACAUCCUUCUUUUUAGCUUAUGAAUAAUACUUUUUACUACUUUUGUGUUACCCUGGUGUGCUCUGCAACAUUUUGUUGACUGAUUUCUUGCCACGGCUCAUCUUCAAGCUCAAACUCUCUUCCAGGUUAUGACAUAUUUACACACACAACUCUUUCUCUGUUGAUCCGUGAACUUCUGGUUCUUCACUUUCACAGACCAACAGCUUCCAGCAUAGUGUUAGAAAUUAUUGAAACUGCCAGGAUUUAUAAUUCAGAGAUAUUUCACUGGUACAAAUGGACAUAAAACGACUGCAUGUGGGAAUACAGUCUCAAAGCGUGUUGUAAAAACAUGAAAAACAAGCGAUCAUCGACUUUAGCAGGCAGUAGGUUCAUGUUAAAGGCGCUGACAAGACAUUCAUACAAGUUGAACUUUUCCGUACAUAAUUUUAUGUUUGUUAUUUUAUCUGUAUGCAUAAUUGAGAAUUGUGAUUUGAAAUUUGACUUUCCACUCUGGCAUUUUGUGUCCUGAGCUCUACUAAAAGCUGAACCGAACUACUGCCUAUGUGAACAUAUUUAAUUUCUAUGUAUUUGGUGACACCUGGUGGAUAGAUUGGAUAUGACUGGGUAGGUACUGCCUCAACUUGUCUUUUUUGUAGUUCUUUGAGGUGUGGCGGACAUUUUGGAUGUAGUUUCUGCUAAGAGAAGAUUUUCUGAAGACCAUUUUAAAAAUGUCUUGCAGUUAUGAGAGAAAAACUAAUUUAUGAGACUAAACAUUACAAUUUAACUGAUCCUUUCUGACUCAGGUUGGUUAACUUCUAACAGUUGUUUUCUUGGAUGCAAGAUGUAAAAAUGAAAAUAUUGGUCACAAAAUAAAUAAAAGAAAGUCCUAAAAAUGAUCUGAAACAGUAAGCUUAGGUUUUUCUAACAUAAAGAUCUAGAAUUUUCUUGAGCCUCUCACUGACAUCUGAUGCUGUUAUGAUGUUUUAAUGAGUAUUCUGCUGCUCUAUUAUGAAAUUGAAUAUAAUUUCAGAUUGUUAUAUAAUUUGUAACUCUGGCAACAGAUGGUUUAACUCUGCUCUUCAUAGUUGCUGUAAUGGGCUCUGACGUAGCCAAGCUGCUAACCCAAGUGAGAAAUUAUGGCUGCUGCGCUUCUGGCAUCGCUGCCAUUCUUAAUGCAGACCGAGACCAACACCAGAUCUCACAGUUUCGUUCUCUGCAGGUCUUCCUUCGAGCCGCAACGUUGAGCUCAUCCCAAACCGUCUCACUGUUUUUUCCCCACACAAGACAUUUUGAGAUGCCUUGAACCUAAAUUUAGGUUAAUCUUAGCUGAAAGAAUCCCAGACAUGAAUCUUAGACAAAGUUUCAUGCCUACUUUUGUCAGACUUGGGGCUCUAAAACAGAAACCACAAGGAAAAAAAAUAGUACUUUUUCCUAGAGACCAGAAAACAAACAGAGAGGGGAAGUCGGAGCAGCUGGCUGAGCAAAUGAAGAGUUGUGAUGCCAAGAUGCCAAGUGCAAUAAUGCUGGCAAUAAUACAGGAGGGAAAAUGUUCAUAAAUUUGGCCUUGUUAGGUCAAUGCAAACCCAAAAUAUCUCCUGAUGUGCCUGGAUUAAAAUUAAACAUCUGUAAGAUGCUGUGGCAAAGAGUACAUUUAGACUAGCGUUCACUGGGACAGCUGUUGGAUUUUAUUUCUAAAUUUGCAGGACUUCAGGGUUGUGUUUUUUUUUCUUUUGCUGACUGUCCCUGAAUCGGAGUCUGUUGACAACAGCGCCAUCUGGUGAAACUUUCUAACCAGUCGAAUUGUAAAACGGAAGAAAAGGGGAAAUAUUUACAGAAAUCUGAAAUGCUUUUACAAAAAACUUUGCUGCUCUACAGCUUCGGGCUCUGUAGUGAAGAAAAAUCUCAUGUGAUGUUGGUUUUUAGGAAACUACAUUUGACAGGCUCAUGUUACUAAUUCUGCACACCCUCUGACUCAGACUGAGAGAAUCUGCAGCUGUUUUCUCUGCUUUCUGAAAUGUUUUUGCUGUUUCAAGAUAAUACUGCUUCUCUGCAACCAAAUCCUGUUGACUCAGCUGCUGGUGCAUCACUCAACCCCACCCUGGUGGAUCUCUAUUUAAACCAAAAAUGUUAAGAGAAGUUGCCAAUAUUUCAUUAUUUGGAUCCCAGAAUGCUGUAAAAAAUAAAACCUGAGCAGAUAUAAGCUGCUAUUUUCUGUUUCCCGUUGAUGUAUUAUUUUGCAAAUAAAAAACAGACAUGUGAGACAUAAAUUUUGCCAGUAGAGGACAGCACAAACAAGAGUAGGAGAAUACAAAAAUUAAAUAAAUGGAUUGGACUAAAUGAAAUUAAAGUCGGGAUUUUUGAGAAAAACAUUACACAUAUAACAUUAAUUAAACAACUCAGAUGAAGACUGUACACAUAUGGAAACAAAUUAAUACAGCAUUUUGCAGUCUUUGUGAAAAAAAAGUUUGUAAAUCAUGUAUUAUUUUCCUUUCACUGCAUUAAUAUGAGCUGUGAAUAUUCUAAAGUUUGUAUUUGUAUUUUGAUGAAAUCAAUGUCUAAAAAAAAUGCAGCGUAUUUCAUAUCGAGUUGGCUGGGGUGAUAUACAACCUCCAAGGGACAAGUGCUGCGAAUUAGCUGUUGCUAUUGCACUAUGACGCACACAUGGGACUGCUGUUUUGUUCAGUUUGUCUAUGACGCUGUGUGUCUGUCCCUAUCAAAUAAACUAAUUAAAUUAAAUGGGUGGAUGGACAAUCUACUAACUAUGGUUACUUGACCUUUUUCUCAUUUUCUCACAAUAUAUCUACACUCUACAUUGUAUCUCAUUUUGUGAUAAACCAACACAUUAUAGUGCAUAAUGUGGGUGCAAAAUGAUUUUCAAGUAACCCGAAACAUGUGGCAUCCUUUUGUAUUAAAGAGUGAGUAUUAUGUAAAAACUGAGUUUCUGCCUCAGAGAAUUUCCACUCCUCCCCUCCAGACUAGCGGCAGCAGUAAUUAGCAAACACUUUGCGCCUGCGUACAAACUAUUUCUCAGUCCAGUGCCCCUAAGAACUGUUGUAAACAGCAUAGUGGAGGAACAUUGUAGUGAUGAAGGGAGAGACAGAGCCCUAAUUUCAAGGCUUCAAAUUGCAAAUUCAAAUUUCUUUUAAGUUAUGUUUGAUAUAUACAGCAUUUUUAUAACAACUGAUAGUCACUUGAUUGCAUUCUAAAAAUACUUUUGUGCCUGAGAGAUGCAUAUUACCGCCACAGUAAUUACAGCUGAAGUCUUCCUGGAUGUCUCCAUGAACCAUACACAGCUAAAUGUUGACAUUUAUGUACAUUCCUCUGUUGAAUAACUUAAGCUCAGUCAAAUUGGAUGGAAAGUAUCUGUGAACAUCAAUUUCACAGAUUUGAAAUUGAUGUUCAAUUUCGAAUUGAAAUUUGUAUUGUUCCUUACCUGACUGGAACACCUCUGAAAACUCUGUCAUUGUUUUAACCAUGCUACUUUAAGAUUGGAAGCCCCUCAUUUUAAUUUCUUCUUCUUUGGUUUUGUCUUUAAAUUGCUUCCAUCCCUCAAACCUCCCCUUUUGUCAUGUUGUCCUGCGGGAGAGGUGUGUACCGUUUAUUUUCCAUCUAAAUACAUCCAGUUUAUUUAUAGAUCUAUUAAGUUAAUUUUUGUUAUCACCAUUGUAAUAAAUGGAUCCAUUCUGUAAUGUAAAUAUUUAAGUGAACCUAUGAUCAUUUAAAUAGCAGGAACUAACUUUAGUUUUAUGCACUUUUGUUUUGUGUAGGACUUGGAGCGGGCAGCCUAUAACAUUGUUGUCUUCUGUUUGUUGUUCUCGUCAGAAUAAAU